GGUUCCCGACUCGGGGAGGCCUACACAGCACCGCCCCUCGGCUGCCAGAGCAAUCGGAAGGAGGCAUGGCGGCCGCCGGGGCUGCGGCUACGGACUUAGAGGUGGUCCGCGGCAAGCGCGCCGCACUCUUCUUCGCUGCGGUGGCCAUCGUGCUGGGGCUGCCGCUCUGGUGGAAGACCACGGAGACCUAUCGGGCCUCGUUGCCUUACUCUGAGAUCAGUGGGCUGAAUUCCUUGCAGCUCCGGCUCAUGGUGCCCGUCACUGUCGUGUUUACCCAGGAGUCAGUGCCAUUGGACGACCAGGAAAAGCUGCCCUUCACCGUUGUGCAUGAAAGAGAGAUCCCUCUGAAGUACAAACUGAAAAUCAAAUGCCGUUUCCAGAAGGCCUAUCGGAGGGCUUUGGACCACGAGGAGGAGGCCCUCUCAUCGGGCAGUGUACAAGAGGCUGAAACCAUGUUAGCUGAGCCGCUGGAGCAAGCCGAGGGCUCCCUGACAGUGUAUGUGAUCUCAGAACACUCCCCACUUCUCCCCAAGGACAUGAUGAGCUACAUCGGGCCCAAGAGGACCGCGGUCGUGCGGGGGAUCACGCACCGGGAGGCCUUUAACAUCAUCGGCCGCCGCAUCAUCCAGGUCGCCCAGGCCAUGUCUCUGACGGAGGACGUGCUCGCUGCGGCUCUGGCCGACCACCUUCCAGAGGACAAGUGGAGCUCUGAUAAGAGGCGGCCCCUCAAGUCCAGCUUGGGCUACGAAAUCACCUUCAGUUUACUCAACCCUGACCCCAAGUCCCAUGACGUCCACUGGGACAUUGAGGGGGCUGUCCGGCGCUUUGUGCAGCCCUUCCUGAAUGCCCUCAGUGCUGUGGGCAACUUCUCAGUGGACUCUCAGAUCCUUUACUAUGCCAUGUUGGGGGUAAACCCCCGCUUCGACCCGGCUUCCUCCAGCUACUACUUGGCCACGCACAGCCUUCCCCAUGUCAUCAACCCAGUGGAGUCUCGGCUGGGAUCCAGCACCGCCUCCCUUUACCCUGUGCUCAACUUUCUCCUCUAUGUACCUGAACUUGCCCACUCCCCCCUGUACAUUCAGGACAAGGAUGGGGCUCCAGUGGCCACCAACGCCUUCCACAGUCCCCGCUGGGGUGGCAUUAUGAUAUACAAUGUGGACCCCAAAGCCUACAAUGCCUCGGAGCUGCCGGUGAGAGUUGAGGUGGACAUGGUGCGAGUGAUGGAGGUGUUCCUGGCUCAGCUGCGGUUGCUCUUUGGGAUUGCUCAGCCCCAGGUGCCUCCAAAAUGCCUGUUUUCAGGGCCUAAGAGUGAAGGGAUAAUGACCUGGGAGCUAGACCAGCUGCUCUGGGCUCGGUCCGUGGAGAACCUGGCCACAGCCACCACCACUCUCACUUCUCUGGCCCAGCUUCUAGGCAAGAUCAGCAAUAUUGUCAUCAAGGAUGAUGUGGCAUCUGAGGUGUACAGGGCCGUGGCUGCAGUCCAGAAGGCAGCGGAGGAGUUGGCCUCUGGACAUCUGGCCUCUGCCUUUGCUGCCAGCCAGGAGGCUGUGACGUCCUCAGAGCGUGCCUUUUUUGAUCCCUCGCUGCUCCACCUCCUCUAUUUCCCUGACGACCAGAAGUUUGCCAUCUACAUCCCGCUCUUCCUGCCUAUGGCUGUGCCCAUCCUUUUGUCCCUGUUCAAGAUCUUCCUGGAGACUCGCAAGUCCUGGAAGAAGCCUGAGAAGAUAGACUGAGCAGGGCAGCAUCUCAGUAGGAAGCCUUCCUUUUUGGCCCGCAUGGGAGCUGUUAGGCUGAGAGGCAGAUAAGUGGGGCCUGCCACGAAUGACUUGUCUCCAGCCUGCUCUGUCGCCCCUGCAACGGUCGAAGUCUAACACUCCAAAAGGGUUUCAUCUCCUUUCCCUCCCAUUCAUCUGGCUCAGGGCUCUCCCACUCUUCAAGCCCUCCAACCCCCUCCUCAAAAGACACAUCAUUGGUGUCUCCUUACCAGGCUUGAACUUGAGGGCCCUUUUCUCUCUCCCUCUGGGCAGGGGCAGCUUGUGCCUCUGCCCUGUUCCCCACAGUCCUCUUGCACUGAGAGGGAGCACUGGGGGAAAGCCCUGGGUUGGAUUCUAGGGCUCUGCCCUCCAGGCCCUCAGGGAGAGCCCUAGCACUGCUCCCAUGGAAAGGGCUGGGCUCCUGUCACCUCUGGGGCCUUCUCCCUUACUCCCCUUGCUCCAGGCUGGCUACACCUGUUGGGUGCAGCCUAUUGCUAUGUGUGGCAGAGGUUGCCUUUAUCUUUACCUAGAGGCAGUAUGGUGCAGUGGGGAAAAUUCCGGACUUGGGAUCAAACACAUCUGAAUUCAAACCCUUGCUUCUGCCCUUAUCAUCUGGGGAGCUUUGAGUAGGCCACUUAAUCCUCCCUGAGCCUCAGUUUUUCAUUUAAAAAUAGCACUGAUACCUCCCUUACAAGGUGGUUGUGAGUAUUAAAUGGAUGAGCAUGUGAAAGUGUCUGGCAUAUUCUAGGCUCUCAAUAAACAUUGGUUGAAUGUGAAUUGGAA